GUAAAAUUUAUAAAACAAAAUUGAAUUGAAAGAUUGGGGGUUUAGGGUUUAUAAUUUCGAUAUGGGAACUCGAAAUUUUGACGUGAAGAAGCUGUUAAACGACAGGAAAUUCUGGUUCGCUUCGUUCUUAAUCGCGUGGGCUGCUGCUUUACAGGGGCAUAUGAUGUGGUUACAGAGGCAAGAUUCAUUUAAGCAGAAGUUUGGAACCCUAGAUGAUCACGAUACUGACGAUCGACAUGAUUCUACUCCAAUUUGACUAGUUUUGGAAAAGAGAAGUUAAGAAUCAGGGAAGUAAGUUGAGAUUGGAACAGGUGCGGUCCAAGGUUCCCACCAUGGUGCGGUCUCAUUCAACAAAACUGAUCCACAUGUUUGCAAGUUCCCAUUAUAAAGUUUGACCUUUUUAACUUUACACCUCAUUCUGGUGCAUAUGAAGGUAGACUUUGCCCUUGUGAGUGAUUUCUGUGACCAUGUGAAAGUUGAAAAACAUUUUUUUUUCCAUAAAACAUGAUCCUUUUGCUUAUACAUUGUACUUAGUUCUAGAUAUAAUGUUAGAGAGAGAACGUAGAUUAUGCAGUCAUGUAAUCGUCGUAAUAAUCACAUGUAACACACGUAAAGGCGUCCAUGUGAUUCUCACAGUGUUCGGUCAAUAAA